AUGGAGUUUUUUAAUCAAAUUAGGUCAAUAUUAACUGUGGGCUUAAUUUUAUUUUUUGUCGCAGAAAGCGCCAUAAUACAGAUUAGCGAAGCAGAAGCAAAAAAAUGGCUAAACAAGUACAACGUUGAUGCUGAAAAAUAUUUUUUUGAAGCUACGGAGGCCGAUUGGAACUACAACACUAAUCUCACUGAUUACAAUUUGGCAAUUUCUGUUAGUCUAUUUUCAAAUGAUUUGGCGAAUUUUACGGAGACAAAGGCAAAGGAGGCCAACAAAUUCGCUUGGAAGAAUUUCACGGAUGAAUUGUUGAAGAGAGAAUUUUCAAAAAUCACUGAUAUUGGGCCUGCAAGUCUUUCUGAUAAGGAUUUUCAAAGGAUGUCAACACUGAACUCUGACAUGACGAAGAUAUACAGUACAGCUAAGGUAUGCAACAAGCCUAAUGACAGUUCAGGAAAAUGUUAUCCAUUGGACCCAGAUCUAUCUGGAGUUAUAGCCAAAUCAAAUGACCUUGAUGAACUGACAUGGGCCUGGAAAGGAUGGAGGGAUGCAUCUGGCAAGUUGAUGCCUGACAUGUAUGAAGAAUUUGUCAGCCUACUCAAUAAAGCUGCCAAGAUUAAUGGAUAUGAGGACAAUGGUGAUUACUGGAGAUCCUGGUAUGAAUCCCCGACAUUCAGAAAAGAUUGUGAAGAUCUCUGGCUUGAAAUUAAACCAUUCUACGAACAACUCCACGCCUAUGUUAGGAGGAAACUUCAACAGAAAUAUCCUAAACUGUCAUUCCCAAAAGAUGGGCACAUCCCUGCUCAUCUUCUUGGCAACAUGUGGGCACAGGCCUGGAAUAACAUUGAGUACAUGGUCAGACCGGCCCCAGAUCUGCCAAGUAUGGAUAUUACUGAUGAACUUGUUAAACAGAACUACACAGCUCUGAAAAUCUUCCAACUGUCUGAUCAGUUCUUCAAAUCUCUCGGUCUCAUUCCCAUGCCUGAACCAUUCUGGCAGAAGUCGAUGAUUGUGAAGCCAGCAGACCGCGAUGUUGUGUGCCACGCUUCAGCCUGGGACUUCUACAACAGGAAAGAUUUCAGAAUUAAGCAAUGUACGACAGUGAACAUGGGCUGGUUCAUGACAACUCACCACGAGAUGGGUCACAUAGAAUAUUACCUCCAGUACAAAGAACAGCCGAUUAAUUUUAGGUCUGGGGCUAACCCAGGCUUUCACGAGGCAAUAGCAGACAUCGCAUCUUUAUCAGUGGCCACACCGGAAUAUUUGAAAUCAGUUGGACUGCUGCCUAACUUCGUUGAUAACCCAAGUGGCGAUUUGAACUUCCUAAUGAACCAGGCUUUGAGCAAGGUGGCCUUCCUUCCCUUUGGGUACAUGAUCGACCAAUGGAGGUGGGAUGUUUUUUCAGGGCAGACUCCGAGAUCGCAGUACAACAGCAAAUGGUGGCAAAAUAGAUGCAAAUAUCAAGGAAUCUAUCCGCCAGUUAAAAGAUCAGAAUUUGAUUUUGACGCAGGUUCAAAGUUCCAUGUUCCUAAUAACACCCCAUAUAUUAGGUACUUCGUGGCCCAUAUAAUUCAGUAUCAAUUCCAGGAAGCUCUAUGCAAAGCUGCUGGUAACACAAGACCAUUACAUAGAUGUAAUGUUGCCGGUUCUAAAGAGGCAGGCAAAAAAUUAUCGGAGCUUAUGACGUCAGGAGCAUCAAUUCCCUGGCCAAAGGUUCUUCAGAAAUUGACUGGCACAGACAAAAUGUCCGCUAAACCACUAAUGGCCUACUUCAAACCUCUCAUUGAUUGGCUGAAGAAGGAGAACCAAGGUCAAAAAGUUGGCUGGGAUGAGAAAUGUCCACCCGGCUCUUUAUAAUUGAUGAUAAUUUUUAAUUUAUAGAGACCUUUUUACCGGUUACUUCUAACUGACACCAUGUGAUAAUAAUUUGAUUAGUGUGAUUUUAUUAAAAUUUUGAUACUUUUGAAUUGAUGAUCAAUCGUCGCUUGCGUAAUUAUAAUUUUUUAUUGUUCAUUUUUUAGAUUUUAGAGAAUAAUAAUACUCUGAUUAUUAUGCAUCGAAACGUUCUUUGUUCUAAUAAAAAGCUAAAUACAAAA